UUCAGUUGUCCGUGGGACUUUGCACAUUGCAAAUAAAGACACGCCAUGAGUGCGGUCUAGGAAACCAACAGAACAAGGAAGUUGUCGAAGGCGCUGGGAGUCGUCCUGUCUGAGAGGCAUCGAACAGGCUGAGCAAGACGGGAGCGCCGCUCCUCUUUUGCGGGGGGAGACCAACAUGCCCUCCAGCCACCUCCCGAUCAAGAAGUACAACUACGAGAGGUCUCUCUACCGAUGGUUGGUGAGCAGACACCCUGAGCCUUUCGAGGAACAUGGGAUCACUACCAAGACCCUGGAACGCGCUCCCCUGGCUCGAGAAGCGUUCUACAGGUCGGGCUGGCUCGGGGCGAAGGUGCUCGUUCAGAACCACGAGGAUAACAAGUUCGAGCGAACAAACUUCUUCGACCAGAUAAUCGAGCGGGGCCUUGGCCAUGGCGACACCCGCUUCAGCGUCGAGCACGUCAAGAGCGACGAGCAGUCCAAGCUCGGCAUCACCCUGGACAGCGCCACGGGAAAAUACUACCUCCAAGCUUACGGCUCCGCCAAGACUCGCCGCCCGGCCAACCGCCGGAAUUCCGCGGGUUCGGUGUCGUCCUCGGACGCGGACCAGGAUCCCGCGGAGCCCCCACACCCCACAGUCAAGAAGGUCGGAGACCUGAUCGCGUCGGAGAUCGAGGCGGCGGGGGAGGACGCCGAGGUGCGCCUGGACGAGUCGCGCCUCGAGCCGGCCUCGGCCUCGGGGUCCACGGUGCUCACAUUUUCGAUCUCGAUUCGGCGCCGGGCCACCGUCGGCGGGGCUGCUGCUGCUGCUGCUGCUGCUGCUGAAGGCGGUGACGACAGCGGCAGUUGUGCCUCGGGCCAGCGGGCGGGAGAUGCAGGGGCGACAGUCGACGCAGGCGCCGGGGUCCCUACGGGUAGAGGCAUGCCGCCGCCGGCGCAGGCGGCGCGGCCUGCGCAGAUGUUGUCAACAACACCGCCGCCGCCGCCUUUGGCGGCCGGAGCACGGCACAUGGAGCACCACCAGUGGCCACCUGCAGGGACGGUGUUGACAUCGUCGUCGCCUUACACGUCAGGCAUGACUGGAGCUCGGCAGCAGCAGCAGCAGGAGGACAGUAGGAAGCGGAAUGCAGCAUCGGUGUUGGAGGCUGAUGCGGCGACGCUUGCGUCUGUCUCGCAAGUCGGGGUCAAGAAGCACAAGGAGGACGUCAGGUCUAGAUCAAGCUUGAGCCUGUCUGGUGCCAGCGCCACCGGCGUCGCCAAUUUCGGGAGCGGAGCGGGUAGGAACGCCAUGAGGAUACGGACACAAGCUGAGGAGGACGACGCCGCGAGGCGUACGAUCAUCGCCCAUGCUCAUUUCACCUCCGAGUUUCUCGAGGACCUGGCGUCGCUAAGAGACGGCGAGGCGGCUCCGCGGUUGCCCAUGUCUGCAGGUUCUUCGCGUGGCGACGGCCCUGGCCUCCGGACGGCAGGCGCGAGCUUCGGCGGUGCCAUGUCUGCGACGGGCAGCAGUAGCGCCAGCAACGGUGGCCACGACAGGGAUCGGGCUCAGCGGCAGCAGCAGCAGCAGCGGCAGCAGCAGCAGCAGCAGCAGCGGCGGCGGCAGCAGCCUGUGGCGUUGUUCGGCGUUGGCAACGUCCAGGGCAGCCGUUCGUUCUGGCCGGGCAUGACGAGCAUGUCCCAGCCGACGUCUUCCGCGCGGCAGCACGGAGCGUUUGCCAGGCCUGGAAGCGCGGCGCCUCGCCCGCCGGCGUUUCCCACCGACUGGACCUUCCCGGCAAUCUCGAGCGAGGGCUACUCCAGCUCGAGGGCGGGUGAGGACGGCGGCGGGGGCGCGGGCAAUGGAGUAUGCACCCAAUCGCCCUGCAGUGGUGACAUGGGCGAAGGAGGUAGGGUGCGUGUGCCCCCGUCGCCCCCCGCAGCGCCAGCGUCGACCUCAUGGGAGCUACGUCAGGCGUCGGCAGACUUGCUGCGGCACGACGAUCUCGGGUCCCAGCACCAGCAGCACUGCGUGGCCAGAGGCGUUGCCGACAGCAGCAGCAUGGGUGAGAGAGUCGGAGAAGGCGGAGGGCGCGAGGCAGGCGGCGGGUCACACGCCAACAAUGCCAGGGCCGGGGAGGCGGGUGUCUCGCCGUCGGAGCGCUUCGGGGGUGGUGAGAUGGCUACGGCAGUGUUCGACCUAGGACACGGCCCUCAAGGCGGUCUCGCGUCGUCAUCAGGCCCGAGACUCUGCCCGCCGUUCACCAAGCAGCAACAGCAGCAGUCCCUGGCCUACCGGGUCGCGAGCAGCAGCCUUAGCUCCACUGGCAUGCACGCAACGUUUGACGGCGAUGCCGGCGCGGGGUGCGCCGGCCCUUCAAACUCCUCCUCCUCCUCCUCCUCGACACCCGGGGUUUGGGCCGCAGCAUCCGGUGUGAUGAGUCAGCUGGAUGAAUUUGACUUGGUGGAGGCCUUGCUGUCGCCGGGUUAUUGAGGCGGUGCCAAGAGCGUGGACGUUGGCCGUGUCUAGGAGCUGCCUUGUGGGUGUUGCCAUGUGAGGAGGCUUCACGCGAAAGUCUGCUCGGCGGGUGUUGUCAUGUGAGGAGGCUUAAUAUCGUGGAUGUCGAGCGGCGUCGCUCUUGGUUGUCCGUUUGCCUUGGCGUUUGCUUUGCUGGCACUUGGUGCGUCAUCACGCACGAUAUGAGAGAGCUGCGGUAAGAGACAUGGCGAGGACGCAUCGAUAGGUGGGCAUGAUAGACGCAAGGCUCGGUUCGGUUCGGUUCUGUGGCGUCGAAGAACAUGGCUCCGUCAGCUCUCCUGAAGAAAAUGGCUUUUGCGUCAGCUCUCCUCAAGCCUUAGAUAUUCGGACAUGGCGGAUUGGGGUUGAUUUGGUCGUCGCUGUGCCUGCGGUACGUUGAAAUCUUUCGCGACCACCAUGUGGGAGGGAUGUGGCCAAACGCCUGCUGUUGCCUCUGGUAAAGAGUACGGAGCUUGUAGAGUUGUUGGUGCUAUCCCUCCUCUAUUCUUCGAUGUUGUUUUACUGCACUGAGUGAGGUGAGGGACUGGAGAGUGCCAAUUGUGUUGCGGGGGAAACAAAACAAAUGCUUAGUAUUUUAGUGCCCUCAAUAGACAUGACUGUAAUUGAAUCUGAAAAGAUUUGGUCGUUUUUGUUUCUUCUCCUUCCCUCACACUUGACCAGCUGCGUGUAUUUACUUGUCAGUUGGGUCGAUGUCACUGCUGUCCUGCGGAGUUGUUGUUUUUUUGUGUUUCUCAUUUUUUUUUUUUUGUUAGAAUGUUGGAGGUAUCGUAGCAACCCACAGGGGGACUAUCUACACAGCAGCGUUUCCUCCACUGUUUGACUUCACUCGCUCCUGUACUUUCUGCACGCCCUCGUGCCCUCUACACGCCAGUUUUUUGUAGCGCUGUUGCCCCAACUCAACGUUUUUUACCUCUAGUUGGCCUGCAUGUGUAGCGGCGGGCGAAACGCGAAGCGGUGCCGUAAUACAUAUUAUCAUUCUUUGUGACUUGCUGCCGGGUUUCCUGUGUGUUUGUUGCAGGCGUUCUUGUGUUGGUACAGCUAGUAUACCAUUCCCAAAGAUCAAGUAGAUUGGGGGUCGGGAUGGCCGUUGACCAGCAUGGGUUGUGAAGGGAUGGUGAAACACCUCUGAACUUGGUUGACGUCAUCCAGUACACACGCCACGCCGGAUUGGUUUCAACUUCGACAUUUUUCAUAUCUUCCUUUGUUUAACGGUGUUUGUGGGUUUAUUUAACUUGGAGAAAGUGCCCGCCUACAAGCUAUAGCGCGAACGUAUGACCAAGUAUAUUUCGUUCGUUGAUGCUUCGCUGGUGGGUCGCUUGAUUGUUUUUGUCGCGGAGACGUGAGUUUGGGUGCUUACCACCUCCGUACACGUUGCACCUGCGAAUGCAUGAGGCCGUGGACCUGGUGGUGUAAUGUCAUAUUGUUUCGAUGCACUUGUGGCUGUAUGCCUUAAUCGACUUCGGACUGAAAUGUAUCCCUCAAGAUUGUUUUUAUGUUGUUCUUGGGUGCCUUUGUGGGAGUAACUGGUUUGUCGGUGGAGCUUUGAAAGCUCGAGAAACAUGAGGGUGAUGGUCCAUGUUUCCAAAGGGGUGGGUGUUGCUGUUUCGGAAGAAACGUGCUUGUGUCGAGUUGCAGUACGUACGCAAGUUUUCCCGUCGCACAGCGCAGCGGCUGCUGUUUAUAGCUUGGUGGUGCUGGUGAAGCGAGGGGGUCACCUGGACUGCACGGAUGGAGUGCUCUGGUUCCGCUCUCGUAGAAGCGGAGUUGAGUGUGGUGCCGUGUGGCGGUGCUGCUAAGGCCAUCCGCGCGGUGGAGAUGACGACGGUAUCCCGGCCUGUCGAGCAGCGAAAGAUGUGAUUUUUGGGUGAGGGCGUGCGACGCGAUUGUACUGCAACGCGGUGGUGGUGGCCCUACACGGCAAGGGGGUGGUUUGUUUUACCCGUGAUUGUUGAUUUCGUUUUCUCGUGUAUGGUUGCUUUUGACAUGUAUUUGGAGCUGGCUCCAGGCGUAUGAGUUUUUGUCCAUUUUAUAUCGGCAUGUAUUUUGAUUCCUUGUUGUACAUAAUUCCCCUGAAACUCCGGGCGUGGCGUGGACGCACUGAAUGAAGUGGAGUGGACGGAUGAGAGGGGGCGGCAAUUGAGUGGUGGGGUUGGCGGAUGGUAUGUAUUGAUUUUCUCUGGAUAUAUUCUUUUUUUUUGUCUAGGCGAGCUUGAACUUUUAUCGCGAGUAGUCCCAAAAGGCAUCGAUGCUCUUUGACAUUACUAUAAAUUUGGCGUUGCUUGUGUGGUCUAGCUGUAGAAAUGAGCGGCACUCUGUUUGUAUCGUAUGUUGUCCUAUGAGUCGGCCACACCUCUGCGGCAUUAACUUUGCCCAUAGUCGGGUGUGCUUUUGGUUGAUAGGCGACGCGUGUAUAACUGAAACUAGACCAGAAGAAGAGUUGCAGAAAGAACAGAGAUACUAUGGAGGGGGGGUGUACUCAUAGUCGUUCAUGACGUAGUCGUUAGACCAUUGACCUCGCAUCCCUAUAAAGCCGGGACGGAGCACGCCGGGUUCUCACCGGACCAGGCUCUCACGUCUCCAAGGGUGAAGCACCGUAAGGUAUUCGGCGAGUCGCAUGCAGGGUGCAUCCUGCUAAGGGUUUUCGGCAUCUUGUGCUUACUUCCUUGCGUACGGAUGACAGCUGCGUAUGACUUAAUUUAUUUUCUGGUGUUUCACUUCCAGAGACAGUUGUAAGCACUGUGUAACUGCCUCGAGGGUGCUUGACCAUUUUGACACAACGUGGUGCGAUCAUCCCCGUUGCGCGGAGUGAGGCUUCUCCACCCCGCACAACAUGAUCCACUCGACCACCAUUAUGGUUACCACCGGGGGGGAGAUGGAGGGGGGACAUUUUUCACACAUGAGGCGAGGGAAGGCGAGAGAGGUUGGCCCUGAAGAACGCUAUGAUAGUCUACUCGUCACGUACUGGGAAACGGGUAAGCUAAGCGCUUGGUGUUGUAGAGGAUAAGGUUUGCAUGGGCUUGCGGCAGCCGACAGAGCAGUAUGUGGAACACCCACUCAGUAACAAACACGUUGAAGAGAGAUUGGACAACUCCCGGUUGGUCCCUUUUUACUUCUUUAUUGAAGAGAGAUUGGACGGCUCCCGGUUGGCCCUUGUUACUACUAUAUUAAAGAGAGAAUGGACGGCUCCCGGUCGGCCCUUUUUUCUACUAUAUUGAAGAGAGAAUGGACAGCUCCCGGUUGGUCCCGUUUUGCGUGUGAUGCGGAUUCGCGCUUAUAUACCAGGUAUAUAAUAGAGUCUCAAUUGCUGGGUCGGGUAUUUGACGAGAAGGAUUUGCCAUGAGUUGCAAUUGUAUAAUAAAUACCAGUAGUCUACAGCAGUUGAACCCAGCCCGACAACGUUGGGGAUCUUGUCCAUCAGCAGAACAUCUAUGUAGCCUAGCAAGACUCGAUUCUGCUCUUUUUUUGCUUGGCUGGAAAUGAAAUGAGGCUUUUCUAUAAUUUGGCGUUGGCGUUGCUGUGGAGGCCGUUUCCUGACAAAAGUAUUUAGUGAACUCAAUUUACACUUCGGUCUUCUCUCUCUCGCUUUUGUCUUUUCGGCCAUAUUUUCAUGGCCACUUUCCUCGCUGCUUGACCUACGUGAUGGUCUUGCCCUGUUCUCUCUUCGGACGAGCUCCGAUGAUGAUCUCCGGGUAGAGGUCAUGUUGAUGGAGUGCACCCUUUAUU